CUCUCUAAUCAGGCUCAAAUAGAUGAAGGAGUCCCUCUGAAGAUUUGCUUGUCUCAGUUCUGUAAAUGGAUUCAUAAAGUUCAGCAACAGAAGAACAUUUUUUUUACUCCUGAGGUUUCAGAGCCUUCUACUUCUGAAGUAAAAUUAUGUGCAUUUGUUACCUGGUCAGACUGGGACUUAGGUGUUUGCCUGGAAUAUGAGUGUAAAAGAAAACAGCUGUUAAAACCUGUGUUCUUAAAUUCUUGGAUUGAUCUCAGAGCGACUUACAAGCUUUUCUAUAGAAGAAAACCAAAAGGACUAAGUGGUGCCUUGCAGGAAGUGGGAAUAGAAUUCUCUGGACGAGAACAUUCAGGUUUGUCAAAAUUAAAAAUCAUUUUAUCAUGUAAGGCAGUUGACAUUUAUAAAAUCUUUCAU